AGCAGUUCAGUUCCUCAAUAUUUUUUUUGAGACUAGCUGGACUGGAAUAUAUCUGAAGAAGACUAGUUUGGAAUCCAAAAGUAUUGUUAAAACAAGCACAAAUGUAGGCUAAUACUGAUCUGAAUUCAGACGGGAUCGCUCCGGUAACAUUACGCAGUGACACCGGGAAGUCAGUUUGCGAAAGAUCAGAAUCGGGAGAAGAAAAAAUAAAGUUCACACGCAAGGCAAAGCCAGGCAAGCUCUACGAUGGCGUCCAGCGGUAACGCUGUUUCCAGUCCUAUGGUGAUAUUGGCUCCAAAAACCAAAACCAAAAAGAAACAUUUUGUGCAGCAAAAGGUGAAGGUCUUUCGUGCCAGUGGCCCAGUUUUGAGCGUUUUUAUGUGGGGUGUAAAUCAUUCGAUUAAUGACCUAAACCAAGUGCCUAUUCCUGUCAUGCUGCUGCCUGAUGACUUCAGAGCAAACACUAAGAUCAAAGUCAACAAUCACCUCUUCAACAAAGAGAAUCUACCAGGACAUUUUAAGUUUAAAGAAUACUGUCCCCAAGUGUUCCGCAAUCUUCGGGAGCGCUUCGGAAUUGAGGAUCUCGACUACCAGGUGUCGUUGACCCGCAGCCCUCCUGUUAGAGGUGGGGACACCCAGGGGGAGGGGAUCCUCCUGACCUCCUACGACCGCACACUGGUCAUAAAGCAGAUCUCUAGUGAGGACGUGGCAGACAUGCACGGCAUCCUGUCUGAAUACCACCAGCACAUAGUGAAGUGCCACGGCAGCACUCUGCUGCCCCAGUUCCUGGGGAUGUACCGCGUGGGUGUGGAGAAUGAGGAGACCUACCUGAUCGUCAUGAGGAACAUGUUCAGUCACAGACUGGUGGUGCACAGGAAGUACGACCUUAAGGGCUCUCUGGUGUCUCGUGAAGCAAGUGACAAAGAGCGGGUGAAAGAGCUCCCCACCUACAAGGACAUGGAUUUCAGAAACAACAUGCAGAAGGUGUAUGUGAACGAGGAGCAGAAGGAGAAGGUCAUGGAGAAACUCAACAGAGAUGUGGAGUUUCUGGUCAAGCUAAAGAUCAUGGACUACAGCCUGCUGUUGGGUAUUCACGAUGUGGGUCGGGCUGAGAGGGAGGAGGAGGAAGGAGAGGAGCCCUCCAAUGAGGAAGAGGGGGAGCCUGAGAACGGCCUGACGCAGGCCCCUAACGUGGGGUCCUACGGUACGUCUCCUGAGGGCAUCGCUGGCUACAUGGCCUCCUGCAAGCCCCUGGAGCCCGGGGAAUUUGACCCCUACGUGGAUGUGUACGCCAUGAGGAGUGCCCCUGGAGCCCCUCAGAGGGAGGUGUACUUCAUGGGUCUGAUAGACGUUCUGACACAGUACGACACCAAGAAGAAAGCUGCUCACGCAGCCAAAACUGUCAAGCAUGGGGCUGGUGCUGAAAUCUCCACUGUCCACCCAGAACAGUAUGCCAAGCGAUUUCGUGAUUUCAUCUCCAACAUCUUUGCAUAGCAGGACGUUAUAACCACCACUGCUACAACCAAACCUUUCCCAUUUAGAUUUGAAGCUUUUCUUUUACUUUUGUUCUGCUAUACAUUUAUAUCAUGAAACAUUGCCCCAAAAAAUGUACACACACAGAUUAUUUUAGUCUGAUCUCACACCAGACUCUUUCCAUUGUUGUAAUGUAUUACUGACUGAUAUUUAUGAGAAGAAUGUGAUAAGCACUCUGACUUUGGAGCCAAGGGUACUUAGGCUAAUACUGCUGCUUGUGUCCUAGAGAUGUUACACUGAAAAGGAUUGAUUAGACUUAAUGGGACAACCUGAGAUUGAUACAUUGACUGCUUUCUUGUUGUUUGAAUCCCUGAUUGACCCUUUAACCCAGUCAGUUGAAAUCCUGGGUCGUGUCCAUUUUAAGCACCAGACAGGAGAAAAGGUUUGAAACAGGAAGCUACAACACUACCAAUGACUAGAUACUAACUACCUGAACUUGUCCAAUAAGAAAUCAUUGCUAUUUUAGUGCUACUGAACACGACCCUGGAUUGGUCCGAUCUACUGAGUGAGAAUGCUAAUAUAACUGGACAUGGGAACAUAUCAGUGUAGUGAAACCUACAGUAAAUAUCAGAGCACUUUGUUUCAAAGGGAAAGCCUUGUGGGAUUUGACAUGAACAUCCCUCAUCAUCAUCUCACUUUGGAUCAUAUGGAGUCUGUGUUUCCUCUAGAAUUUCAGCAGUGGGGGCAAGGGUAGCUGGGGUGACGGGACAUUCUAGCUGUUCCCAUAGACUUCUAGUCAUUGAGCCAAUGACUUAUCUAUUUAAAAGCGCGUCUGCAGAAAUUAUAUAUAAAUGUUGCAGCGGUGGUUCCCCGCUGCCGAAUGAAUAUAGGGGAAACAUUGAGCAUUUUGCUAUCAAUAUUGGGCUUGGGACCAGAACCCAUUGUUGGACUGACUAAAUGUUCUUUUGAACAUAUUGAUUGCUGCACAUUUUUUUUGCGCAUCAAACAGCAUUUUUAAAAUAAGCACUUCUCAAGAAUGAUGGGGAAUAAAAGUAGCUUGAGUGCCAGUCUGUCUGUGCUAUCAUACCAACUGCCUUUCACACAUUGUCAUGGCAAACAUGUUUUGUCUUGACAAUGACAGCAAUGGAGUUGGCAAGAGCACAAACCGAUCUGGGAACAGACUAGAAUUAAAGAUCAGUAGAGAUUGAUGGUCUGUGCUUGGUCAAAUUUGACUACUACUAUUAGAUAAUCCAUUGAAGAACCAGCUUGGUAUUAUGUGUUACUCGUAGAAUAUAGCACUACAUUUCAGUUGCUUUAUGCAAUUCGAUAGCCUUAAAUGUGUGAUGUCGAGUUUUCUAGUAUAGAAGUUGAAUACACUGUUAUGGCUGAAUAGGUACAGUAGGAAUAUGUGAUGCCUUGUGACCAUUGUGAUUGCACAGCCUAUAUUUUUGCUAAUCAGCUUUUGGACCAAAAUAUAUUUUACAAAAGA